GCAUGGCAUGGACCUGCCAUAAGACCUGCCAAACACCCCGCGGGCUGGCGAUUUGGCCCAAGAUGAACAAGCUGACACGUGUUGUGAGGCUCCAAGGCGACUCCCCAGCAACGGCUCUAUUGCCAGCGAAGCUGCGGGCGUCGCAGCGGCGCUUCACCAAACUUCAGGAGCUGCGAGACAAGAAGGAUGAGCCCGACGGAAAUGUUGGACCCAAGUCUUUCAGGAUCUUGUCCGUGCUGGGCCGUGGCAGUUUCGGAGAGGUCUUUCAGGUGACGCAGAAAACGACGGGACAGAUCUACGCCAUGAAGGUGCUGCGCAAGAAUAAGAUCAUCGGUCGAAAUCUCAUGCGUUACGCCCUCACCAAGCGGAACUUGCUGUCCUACAUCCGGCAUCCCUUCAUCGUCGCAGGGCGAUUGGCGCCCUGGCCUUGUGCUAUCAGAGAUCAUUGCUGUUUCUACGCACGGGUUGGUGCAAUGCCACCUGCUCCUGAGGGAAACAGUUUGGCCGAAGAUGAUUUUGACAUGGAUGAAAUGCAGGUGGCCGAUGAAGGAAUCGCGGAGCAAUUUUUGCAAGAAACAAUGGAAGAGCAAUUUGUUUUAUUGGAUGAAGAGAACGAAACAGAAGAUCCCCAGCCAGAAGAGAAGGAAAGGGCGGAGCAUUGGCGCACAGAGGUGCCAUGGAUGAAGAAGUUGUUGCCUUGUUCAGGCGGCCAAGCCUUGCCACGUGGCGCAACGUACAUUGCACUUCUCAGACAGCCCAGGAAGAAGACUUGGGUGGGUUACUACAAGCUUCACAAGGGCAUCUUGACGCCUCCAACAGGUUUCAAGAAGCAGAGCGCACAGUGUAGCUUUAAAGAGAUGUCCGAACACAACGCAGCCAAAUUCGCACUGAAUUGGAUCUGGACAAAACAUCUCAUGCUUUGUCCAGACCAAAUGCCAGAACAUAUCCAGAAAUUCCUGGGCAGGUGCAAGUGCUGUGAUGAUGGCAGUGACUGCGCAGUUCUGGAAGCUCUUGAACAGGAAUGGCGGAGCGAACAGUCUGGCAACGCUGCCACUGACUUCGGAGAUGGCUCUGCCACGGAAGCUUCUGAGACGGCAACCAUUUUACCUGAUGAUAUUGCCACUCGUAGUCCUCAAGCAGGAUUAUCGGAUGGUGACACGGAACCUUCUGAGACGCCCACUAUUUUGCCUGAUGAUGUUGCCACUCGUGAUCCUCAAGCAGACCCGGGGGCUUCCAAUGCAGAGCCGAAUAUGACCGGCCUUGGACCACAAAGCCAAACUGCUGGCCCAGAUGCCGCAGUGACAGUGGGUCCAACUGGUCCAGCUGCUGCGACUGCUGCCAGCAGCAAAGCACCAGCAGAGGAGGCAGGCCUUUCUGCAGAAGAAAAGCUGAAAAAAAUCAAAAGGGCGAAAAACAAAAGAGAGAAGAAACGCAAGAAGGCCAAGCGAAAAGCGGCUGCCAUCGCGAAGGCUCAGGAUGACUCCGGCAAAGGACUUCAUGCAAUGCUCAUUGUGGGCUACAACAAUCGCCAGGUAGACCUCGGCAGCUCCAAGGUCUUCAUUGUCCGCAACAGCUGGGGAACUUCCUGGGGAGAUAAAGGCUAUGGCUAUGCGCCUGGGAAUCAAAAGGACAAGGCCGCUCGAAUCCCGCAUCCUUUGUGGAAUAUGGCGGAAGAUUUGGGUGAGACCUUUCACCUCUCUACAGAACGAGGGAUGAUGGACAAGACUGUCAAGUUGGCGAUGCAGAUGCUUCUUGGACGGAGCCUGGUGGAAUCUUGGCAUCGCUCCACAAAAACCGCCCUUGAUGAAGUGGUCUUUGUGAAAAAGACAGCAGGGCUGACCAUGGCCGCAGAAGCCUUGACAGAUCUCG